AUGAGACGUAUACCCCUGAAGGUGGUUUCGAACGUUGAUCCCAAAUCUGUAUUCCAAAUCUGCGAAACGAUUCUGGGAACGAAGUUACGGGACUGGGGCCUCCCUGUGUUAUACCACUGCGCUGAACGGAUCACUGAGCCGAGCAAAGCACUUACCUGUGCAACGGUGUUCUGGGGGAUAGUGUGGUGGGCUCAUAGGCAUGCCAUCAAGGUUCGAUUCCUUGAUGCAUGGGCUCGUUUUGCUUUCUCAUAA